AUGGUUGAAAUUAUCAAGCUGGCUCACAUGCCACCGGAAUUGGCCCUCUAUGUUGCCAUGUACACGGAUGUCCAAAAUGCCCCUUUCCUCAAGGAACAGUUGCUGGCAGGCAACUCCGAUUUCGAAUACGCCUUUGUUGAUGCGAGAAUGAUCGUCUCUGUCAACCAUGUGCUUGCUGCCGCCUUUCGCGCCAUGAACGACUAUCUACAUGAUAGACUAAAGUCACGGAACAUCCACUCGGAGAUUAUUGGCGAAGCCUUCCGCAGGUUCGGAGUCAGCGAAUCGACUAGAGAUUUACUCGUGUUGAAGGUGGCCACAACGCCGGAAGUGAUUCUGGAAAGUGUUGCUGAACAUCUAUCCACGCACAUCCAGGGCCAAGCCAGUGCCUUUGACGACGCAAUCUUUUGCAAGGUCGCGGACGUGGACAGGAUCAGAAAGGUCUAUAAACUCAACUCUGCAACCUCUGGGGGCCGCUCGGGUAAGGCCGUUAAUGGCAUCUCCGGUGCGAGCAGCAGCGCGUCCAUGGAUGAGACGAAAACUCUCGAGGUCCAGAUUCUUGGACUCAUGGCUCUUCGGGGGGCAACGUGA